UACUGGUAUGAUUGGGCCUAUGAUAUGAUUGAACGGGCCUCGCCUCUGUUCAUACGAAUCCGUGAAAAGAGGGUGAGGUAAAAUCGAGAGACCAAGCCUUGCACUCGGCGCUAGCAAGUCAACGUGCCUGCGGGUGAAGCCAGAGACUGCCCGUGAGGUGCUGGAAUUAUUGUGAGGAGGCGUCAGCGGCCCAGCUGACGUCGGGUGGCCGAGUCGGCCAUGGAGCUGGACCCGGUAUUCCUGCGCGGCCUGCGCCUGCUGCAUUCACGCUCCCGGGACUCGGCCGACCAGCUGCGCGCGUUGCUGGACGAGGUGCGGCUGCGCUCAGGCCGCACGGGCGGCAAGCUCUCGCCGGCCAACAUGAGUCCACGCUCCACGCCGGGCCUGGGCCGCGCCGCCGACGCCGGUCUCAAGCGCGGGCUCGAUAAGAUAAAGGAUGACCUCGGCGACAUGAACAUCAAGCGGGCGCGCGUGGACUCACCGGUGGGCUUCAAAUCGCACACGCCGUCGCCCACCAUGUCGCGACUCGGACGCCAGGGCACAGGGGCAGCCUCACCCUGA